GUUUAUCAAAGUUUGAAACUUCUGCUCUUACAAAAGAUAACUAUGAAAGUAUGAAUAGGAAAGUCACAGUGGACGGGUAUUUGUAGCGUGCCCAUCCAAGCAGACGGAAGAGAACACGCACACUUCAGUAGUGAAGAUGCCCAAGGCACAGGUGAGCACAGGUGGGAAUGCCCUACACGAGAAGCUGUGUGUGUAGCAGCCGUGGAGCUCAGCCCUUGAUAGGAGCCGUCAGGGGAGGCUGCCGUGGCAGCCCCUUCACCCCCUCCUGGACGGCUGGGACUGAGACUGCUGCACUUGGCCUGACGAGCACCAGCCAGAGAAGAGGACGCCCUCCUAGGAAGUGGUGCACACCCUCGCUGAGGCCCAGCAGCUCAACUCCUGGACGGUUACUCAAGAGAAAUGGAGACAUGUCCACUAAAAGAAGUGUCGGGGACGUUGAUUCCAGUCUGCUCAGGAAUGCGGAGGAGCCAGCUGCUGUGUGCCGCUGUGAGGUGGAGCCCGCGUGCAGACCACUGGCUCGCGAGGUUCCAGGACAGACCAGGCUCAGCUGCGAUAGUAGAGAGCGCAGGGCACGUAGAGGGCCGGUGGAGCAGGCUCUGGCUGGAGUGGUGGCCUCCAGCUGUGGCCUCCAGCUGCACACGCGUGUCCAGACGCCUGAGCCGGGCGCUCAGGCAUGUGGAGUGUGCCUGAGUUUACAGAGGAAACCAUGGCUUUUUCCCGAUUCUAAAAGAGAGGAGUGUUUCUCGCAGGCAUUGGCAUGUUCAGAACACGGGCACCAUCUGCUUGGUGAGUGCCUGCAGGUGGUCAUGGUGCACCCAGGAAAUGACUCCAGGACCCGAGUGGCUGGGCGCCUGCGACAGUCAGCUUGCCAGGUCCUGGGGACUGCAGCUCUCCACAGCUGCACCACAGUCGAGCCAGGAGCCAUGAUGGGGUGACACGUUUUUCACUCUGGAACUUGAAAUGGUUUUCUGGUGUCGGAAGUCCUAGGGGGAGCUGUCCUGCAGGUCCUGCUCAUCUGUACAAAGAGGGUCUGGUGCUCCUGUCGAGGUUCUAAGCAAAAGCCUGAUGCCGGCACUGUGUAGAAAUGACCUAAAUGUUCUUCAUCAGAGAGAAACGACCUGCCCGUGUGCCGUAGGGUCCUAACCUUCUGAAGUGCAGGGGUCGACCCGUGUCUCAGGAAAAACAUGCAGAGGAACAAACAGGUAGCCAUGGGCAGGAAGAAAUUCAACAUGGACCCCAAGAAGGGGAUCCAGUUCUUGAUAGAGAAUGACCUGCUGAAGGACACCUGUGAGGACAUCGCCCAGUUCCUGUACAAGGGGGAGGGGCUCAACAAAACGGCCAUCGGCGACUACCUGGGGGAGAGGGACGAGUUCAACCUCCAGGUCCUGCACGCCUUCGUGGAGCUUCACGAGUUCACCGACCUGAACCUCGUCCAGGCCUUGCGGCAGUUCCUAUGGAGCUUCCGGCUCCCCGGAGAGGCCCAGAAAAUCGACCGCAUGAUGGAGGCCUUUGCCCAGCGGUACUGCCAGUGCAACUCGGGCGUGUUCCAGUCCACGGACACCUGCUACGUCCUGUCCUUCGCCAUCAUCAUGCUGAACACCAGCCUGCACAACCCCAACGUCAAGGACAAGCCCACCGUGGAGCGCUUCAUCGCCAUGAAUCGGGGCAUCAAUGACGGGGGGGACCUGCCCGAGGAGCUGCUCCGGAAUCUGUACGAGAGCAUAAAAAACGAGCCCUUUAAGAUCCCAGAGGAUGACGGGAACGACCUCACUCACACCUUCUUCAACCCAGACCGAGAAGGCUGGCUCCUGAAGCUUGGCAGUGUGCAUGGCAACCCCGGGCCUGGCCCCUCAGCCCAGCGCUCCUCCUCAUCCUCGCGCAGUGGCCCUCCCGCAGCCACACUGCCCAUUCUGCUCUCAGCACCGCUGGCAGUCCUCCUCUCCCCUGCCCCAGAGGGCUCGAAGGGCCUUCGGCGGGAAAGCAGACACGUGGGAGGAAGUGCAGGGUUUCCUACACGUCCGUGUUCACACGUGGUCAUCCUGUUGGUGGUUCAGCACAGACGAUCUCCACAUGACCGUGUCCCUGCUUGGGCCUCUGGAGACACUUUGCUGUUUCCUCCUGCUGGUGUUGCUGAGUUGGCUCCCACGGGAGCAGUGGGGCGCCUUAGGACCUGCGCUCCCACCCCACACAUGGGGAAGGCAGAAGCAGGGGCUUUUGUUUCUGACCAGUCCAGAUGGCAGCAGGACUUACAUUCCUUGGGAGAGCCCAAGUUCUUAUGUUCAGACAUGAUGACUUAGUUCAUAAGUCCCCAAGCACCACCUCACUGGCUGCGUGCGCCUUGCGGUUCUCUUGAAUUGGCUAAUGUUUCACAAGUCCUGAGGCCAUAGAGUCUCUAAAGUCGCUAACCCCACAGGCAGCCUGCUCUACUUCCCUAUCUCCAAACCACCAACCGGGUGGAGUUAGAGGAGGUAAAAGGGUAUCAUACUGGAAACUUAGGAUUUACUUCCCCCCAGUGAGAUUCGUUUAAAUGCUAACACUGAGUGUUCGCCCUGGCAGCUUAGGUACUAAAGUUAGAACAAAGAUCAUCUCGGUUCUUGUACCAGGAUGACAUGCAAAUUCAUGAGGCACCCAUACGUUUACAAAGAAAAAAAAUAAAGCUGGGUGCAGUGAUCUGCACCUUUAGUCCCAGCCUCUGGGAGACAUGAGCCCCAGAAUUGGAGGCUGGCCUGGGCAGCACAGUGAGACCCAUCCCCCAAAAAAGCCAUUUACCUGGACCUGAGGCUCGCUUUUGGGCCCUGCGUCCCACUCCCCCUCCGGGCUCAGGAGUUGUCACCGUGGCACACGUGGUCACUCCCUGGAGUCUGUGGGGCAGCAGGCGGGACCAGCAGCCCCUGAGGCUGUGUGCAUGUCCGUGUGUGUGUGUGUGUGUGUGUGUGGCCAUAAACAUGUCUAUUCUUGUGCACACACAUACGUGCACGUGUAUUCAUGGGUACACACGUGUGCAUUCUUGCACAUACUUUUAAGAGAGACAGCAUCUAAAGAAAGCUGUUUGAUUCUCCCUGAGGUCACUUUCCCUCUUUGCUCUGGAUUCUGGGCAGACUAGUGACCAUUAGCCUUACAAAAAUGGAUUUGUGGCAUCCUUGGGACCAGGUCCUCAGUGGCACCUCAGGUCUGGGCCUGCAGGAGGCCGGUUGCCCACUUGGCAGGGUCAGCUCCCUCCCCGGGCAGACUCAGCGCGGCCGAUGCCUGCACUCUGAGGUUGAGGAAGUGGUUUGGUUUCUUUGUGUUAAUUUUCUUUUCUCCCUCAUUUGUAUGUUCCC